GUCAAAACAGCUUUCAAAGCAAUUUCAUGCAGGCUGGUACGUUAUAUUUCGACUCGGUUUGCUAGUGGGUAGCCACGAGAGGUGGACUUGAAGCGCCUGCAUGCUGGACGCGGAUCCUAGCGUCCUUGGGCCCUGAGACAAACGAUCCGAGCCAGAGACACUAGGAGCUUGUGCGGGUUCGUGUUCGUUGUAGCAUGACAGCACAGUGUUCGUCGAAGAGCUAUCUGAGCUGAGAUGUAUGACCGCUUGCGCACCAGCUGAGGAACAGUCUUCAAGCUUCAUCGGUCACCAAAUCCUUCGCGACUCGACUUCGGCCUACGAUCACUCUGCGCAGACAUGGCGCCGCAGGUGUCUGCACAGCUGCGACAGUGGGUCAGCGAUCAGCUGCUGACUCUCUUCUCGCUCUCCGAUGCGACCAUGAUCGAAUUCGUCGUCUCUUCGACCGCAAGCAUCGCUCAAAAGGACAAGAAAGGCAACGGACUCGGUCAGCUUGUCGCCCUACUCUCUUCCGCCGGUCUGGAAGGCAAGGAGAGCUUCGUUGCGACACUCUACGACAGGAUCAAGAAGGAAGUAGGUCCAAGACCUGCUCAUACGCUCACGACGACGAGCAGUCAGGCCGUCAAAUCUGACAGAGACAGGAAAGCAAGGGAUGCAGUCGCUCUGCAGUCCCAGCGUUUCUCACUUCUCCUGGACGAUGACAAUAGUCCCGCACAGUCUGCCAAGGUCGAAGGGACUGAAACGAAGGAGGAGAGACGGGAGAGAAAGCGAUUGGCGAGGGAAGACCUCAGAGCCAGGACAGGCCGUUCCGACGAUUGGGAGUCUGAUGAAGAAGAACGCGCAGCCAAACGACGCAAGGCAGAUGAAGCCUACGCUGCUCUAUCCACUCUUGCUUCCGAGAGACCGAGAGACAGCAGUCCUCGCUCACGAGCAAGUGAUGAGGAGGGUCUAGACUCCCUCGAUCCUGCCGAACGAGCAGAGCUCGACAGAAUGGCAGACCAGAAAGAUCGCGAUGAGUUUGCGAGGAGGAUGCGUCAGCGAGAUAAGGAACGCCAGAUCGAACGUCACGCAAAGAUCAUAGAGGACAAACUCUCGACAGAGGCAAAAGCGCGUCGCUCGCUCGCAGACGAUCAAGAGGCCCGUACUGCCGCGAUGCCCAGCUUGAGAGAUCGUUCACGGCAAGAAUAUCUUAUCAAACGACAAGCUCAGCAGCUCGACUUGCUCAGGCUAGAGAUUGCCGACUUUGAGCGCGAUAUGCGCGGUCAGCGCUUGUCGAAGCGAGAGAUGCGCGAACUCGAGAAGAAGAAAGAGAUCCUCCGUCUGGCAGAAGAACGCGAGCGAAUCGAUGACGGUACGGACGGCUAUGUCAUGCCAACGGACUACAUAGACGAGAAGGGCAAGAUGGACACCAAACGAAAAUCAGACCUGCUUUACAAACGAUACGAAGACAACAAACGCGCAAGGGAUCAAGAACAGUUCGUCACCGAUCUCGAUCGCUUUGAAGAGCAGCAGACCAACAAUGCUAUCCUCGUAGCCGGUGCAAAGGAUCGCGCUGCGAAAGCUGCUCCAGAAGACGAUUACGAUUACGUCUUUGAUGAUUCUGUCAAGAUUGCCUGGGUGCUCGACCAGGAGAACAAAGCGGGCGGCGAUCUCAAACCGGAAGACGUUGAGCUACAAGCAAAGAUCGCAGAGGCCGAGAAGCGAGCAAUGUCCAUUGACCAAGUUCGCAAGUCGCUUCCCGUGUACGCUUGGCGAGAACAAUUACUGGAAGCGAUAGAGAAAUAUCAAGUGCUCGUUAUCGAAGGCGAGACCGGCUCGGGUAAGACAACCCAGCUACCUCAAUUCCUUCACGAAGCAGGCUACACGAAAGGCGGUAAGAAGGUCGGAUGUACGCAACCCCGUCGAGUCGCCGCGAUGAGUGUCGCUGCUCGAGUAGCAGAAGAAGUCGGAUGUCGACUGGGCGAUCAAGUCGGCUACAGCAUCAGAUUCGAAGACUGCACGAGCGAUAAGACAGUGAUCAAAUACAUGACCGACGGCAUGCUGUUGCGAGAAUUUCUUACAGAGCCCGAUCUGGAUGGCUAUUCCGCCAUGAUCAUCGACGAAGCCCACGAGCGCACGCUGUCGACUGAUAUCCUUCUGGCUCUCGUCAAAGACAUCGCGCGCUUUAGGCCAGACUUUCGCGUUCUCAUCUCCUCUGCAUCGCUUAACGCUGAAAAGUUCAAAGAGUACUUUGACGGCGCGCCGAUCUUUAAGAUUCCUGGACGAAUGUAUCCUGUCGAUCUGCUCUACACUCCUCAGCCGGAAGCCAACUAUUUGCACGCCGCAGUCACGACAAUCUUCCAGAUCCAUACGAGUCAACCGAAAGGCGACAUUCUUGUCUUUCUGACAGGUCAGGAUGAGAUCGAAGCAGCGCAAGAGAAUCUAGAAGAAACUGCCAGAGCGCUCAAAGACUCGAUCAAGGAGCUUAUGAUCUGUCCCAUCUACGCCAAUCUGCCCACUGACAUGCAAGCCAAGAUCUUCGAGCCUACGCCAGAAGGAGCACGCAAGGUCGUUCUGGCUACCAAUAUCGCAGAGACGAGCAUUACCAUCGACGGCGUCGCCUAUGUCAUCGAUCCCGGCUUCGUCAAGCAACUGAGUUACCAGCCCAAGACGGGCAUGUCUUCGCUCCAAGUCGUGCCCUGCUCUCGUGCGGCUGCGUUGCAGCGUGCAGGAAGAGCAGGUCGAGUGGGACCUGGGAAAUGUUUCCGACUAUAUACGAAGCACGCCUUCUACAAUGAGCUUGACACUGACACGGUGCCCGAGAUACAACGUACAAACUUGUCGCUCGUCGUGCUGCUGCUCAAGUCACUCGGGAUUGACGAUCUAAUCGGUUUCGACUUCAUCGACCCUCCGCCAGCCGACACGCUCAUCCGUGCACUGGAAGUUCUCUAUGCUCUCGGCGCAUUGAACGAUCGGGGUGAGCUCACCAAGCUCGGAAGACGCAUGGCAGAGCUGCCUAUGGAUCCUUUCAUGUCAAAGACAAUCAUUGCGAGCGAAAAAUACCGAUGUACGGAAGAGGUAUUAACUAUUGCUGCUAUGCUCGGCGAAUCAUCUUCUAUCUUCUAUCGACCCAAACUGAAGAAGCUCGAAGCCGAUCGAGCCAGGCAGAACUUUGUCAAGGGAAAAGGGGGCGAUCAUUUUACUUACCUUAACGUGUUCGAGGAAUGGUCGAAUGCCGCAUUCUCGAUUGCUUGGGCGUAUGAGAAUUUCAUCCAGCCGAAAUCACUCAACCGAGCACGAGAUGUACGCGACCAAUUGUCGGCACUUUGCGAGCGUAUCGAGAUUGUACCUGAAGCGAACCCUGAUCCCAACGAUAUCACGCCGAUCCAGAAGUCGUUCCUCUCGGGCUACUUCUACCACGCUGCUCGACUUAGCCGAACAGGCGAUGCCUAUCGGACAGUGAGGGCGGGCUCCUCGCAAACUGUCUACAUUCAUCCAUCGUCGAGCCUAUUCCAGGCUCAACCGCCAACACGCGUCAUAUGCUACUACGAACUCGUUUUGACCUCGAAAGAGUAUGCUCGCUCCGUCAUCGAGAUUCCCAAGAUUGAGUGGCUCCUUGAAGUCGCGCCACACGCUUUCAAUGCUUCUGAUUUCGAGACCGACAGACAGAAGAAGGGGCAGCCGAAGCAGACGGGCACAGCAAGAUCAGGCGCGAACAACUAGCGCUGCUUUUCUGUAAUGCGGACAUGCAUCAUGCAUUGGAUGUCAUUGGUU